AUGUCGGAUUGCUCCUCCCAAGACACGCCCGAGAGCUCUUUCGCAAGCGCUCGAGAAAACCUUCUACCGCCAGGUCCUCAAGGAUCUGCAAACACGCUAGUGUCACGAUACUUAUACAACGCCCCUACAGAGCGCCUCUACAGACCUUUCCCUCCGGGGGCCACAGCAUCCGUUGACUCGUUCGCCGACUUCAUGAACGACCUCUUUCCACUGUACAUUCUGCAAGAAUCCACGGACAUAGCCUCCGCGGACGUAGCCUCCGCGGACGUAGCCUCCACCGAGUCUGUCGCCCUGUCAGACUAUUUUCCACAUCUGCGACGCUACUCCGGCAAAAUCCGUUCCUUCAUCGUCUCGCUUAUGCGUCCUUUGGAAGCACUGAAGAAUCACUUGCACGACCGCAACGUCCGCAAGCUCGAAGAGAAGGCAAAGAGAGCAUACGCCCGCAAUAAGACUAUGACAGAUUCGUGGCGGGAUAUGCGAGUUCCGCGUCGUAAGUGGACCAUUCUUGGACAGAGGAGUUCAGGUAGUAGGAGGAUUAGGAUCAAGCGGGACAAUGGCAAGUGGGUCAAGGUUUCCUGAGGAUCGAAAAUCGCUUCUGGUGGG